CCUCUAGUUUCCAGGCAAGAAGAGAGUUGGUCCACUCAUCAUUAUUAGCUUGAGGGAGGCCUCUUCAGGGCAAGCCUCGAAAAAUUCAGUUCCAUCUGAUGCAGCCAGGCACUUUAUCAAGACCCCGUGGAGUGUCAACUAGCAACCGACCCACCUGGCAAGACACCUAGCUAGUAACGAUUGUAAUGGACAAAAGUAGCCAGCUAACUAGUCAAAAUCUGUAGAAUAUCGUCGACAAAUGCGUGUGUUAAAGCCACGUAGCUCUAGCUAUGCUAAUUGAUUUCAUAAAUCAAGCUAGCUAGCUAGUUGCUACCGCAACUUUUAUCCAAGUAGCAGCGAGCUAGCAGUCAAGCAUCCUCGCGAACUUGGGGUAUUUUUUCUAGCUAACUGGGGUGGCUGGUUAAUAUUGAAAGACCCAUACAACACAGUUAUUUGGCCACCCGUUAUAUUUUUGGAGACAGCUAUCUUAACAACUUUUAUAACAUAGCCGUCUUAAUUGAGAUUGCUGGCUAGUUGAACAGUUUAAUCAGUUGGUCAUCGCUUCGUUUAGCUAGCCACAGUAGCUUUGCUAGCCAAUCUGCUAACGUUACUUUGUUCGCUAGCUAGCAAACUAGCGCCAGGCAUCUAGCAAGGUGCUGCUGACUACAGACAGCCAGUAACGUUACAGUAGCUAGCUAGCCAAAAUCCGAGUAGUUUUGUUGCUCUUUCUCCGUUAAAAAAACCCCGCAAUGAUGGAAAAGAGUGGUUCGGAAAUGUCAGGGAAAAGAAGGGGUAGGAAUACAGUUAAUAAUCCUAACAAAAGUCUAGCUACGAAUGGAAAUAGCAACAAUUCAUGGGAGGAAGGAAGUUCGGGCUCCUCCAGUGAUGAUGAGCAUGGUAGUGGUGGUAUGAGAGUUGGGACUCAGUAUCAAGCCCUCGUGCCAGACUAUGAUCCAGAGAUUGCCAAGGCGGCCGAGGAGAGGGACAACCUGGGCAUGCUGGUGUGGCUCCCCAGCCCGAACCUGGCUGAAGCUAAAUUGGAUGAAUACAUUGCAAUUGCCAAAGAGAAGCAUGGGUACAACAUGGAACAGGCACUGGGGAUGCUCUUCUGGCACAAGCACAACAUUGAGAAGUCCCUGGCAGAUUUGCCGAACUUCACACCUUUCCCAGAUGAGUGGACAGUGGAGGACAAGGUCCUGUUUGAACAGGGCUUCAGCUUCCACGGAAAAACGUUCCACCGUAUACAGCAGAUGCUACCAGACAAGUCAAUUGCUAGCUUGGUUAGAUUCUACUAUUCAUGGAAGAAGACACGGAGCAAAACCAGUGUCAUGGAUCGCCACGCACGCAAGCAGAAGAGGGAACGAGAGCAGAGUGAGGAUGAGGCUGAGGAGACCAAUGGAAAUGCUCCAAGCGAUGUAGAGUACGACCCAAAUAAGGAGGAGAAGAAAGAGCUGGGCGCAGCGCCUGAGAAACAGGAGCCAAAACCACUGGCAGUGGUACAGAAGCCGACUACUGGCGUGGCAGAGAAAUUGACCCACGUCAAAAAAGAACCCCAGGGUCCUCCAGGGAAGAACCUGCACCGUGCUAAGAAGAAGCCUCCUAAAGGAAUGCAUCUGAGCCAGGGAGACGUAGCUGCAAUGUCCACCAGCACCCCCGCUGCAGUCGGUGUGCUGCGGCAAAUGGACAUGGAGCUGGUUGGCAUCAAACGGCAGAUCCAGAGCAUCAAACAGAAUAACAGUGCCCUGAAAGAGAAGCUUGAUGUGGGAGUAGACAACUUCAGAGUACCUGAGGUGAACCAGAAGUUUAACACUCGCUGGACAACAGAGGAGCAACUGCUUGCUGUACAAGCCAUCAGAAAAUAUGGGCGGGACUUCCAGGCUAUCUCGGAUGUGAUUGGCAACAAGUCUGUGGUGCAGGUGAAGAACUUCUUUGUAAACUACCGCCGACGUUUCAACUUGGAUGAGGUGCUGCAGGAAUGGGAGGCCGAGCACGGGAUGGAGGGAGCAGCCAAGGGAGGAGAGGAGAAAAUGGACACAUCACCAUCUCCCACUGAGGAUGGAGCCACCAACCCUGUGCCGCCAGAGGACCAAAAAGAGGAAUCCUCACUAGUGGAAGCACAACAACCUCUAGCAUCCUGAGUGGCCAGCCAUUUUGGAUAAUUCUGUUGGCAGAACUCCUCCCUCUGAGAUUUUACGUCUGUUCUGAAGAGGCGAUGAUGAAUCUGCACAGGUUACUCCCUGUCUUUGCGGGCCUGUUCAAGAAGGUCAUUCCUGUUACCUCAUCCCCGAUUCAAGGAUGUUUUGCAGCUGUCCACCAAUUAACUUACAGCACCAGUCUUCAGCCGGACUGACAGUCAAAGUAACCAGAAUUAUCUGACUGCACUUUAUCCCAUCCCAGAAAAAUCUUCAAAUGUAACUUGUUUAUGCAUCUGGCGCCUUUUACCCUGCCUCGGUCACUCAACAUUACAGAUGAUCCCUGUUAUUCAGGCCACAAUAUCCCUUUGUCAUUUUAUCCUUCUGCAACCCUCUUUACUUUGUAAAGACUGUUUUUUGUUGUGUAGUAUUUAACCGCAGUAGGUCUCGGUAUGAACUGACCCUGUGGACUACAAUUAUUUUGUAUUGUGCCCAGCACGCGCUGGAACGAAUGUGACGAAGCUGUCUUUGUACACCAGACAGCCAUAAAGAAAAACAACCCAAGGAAAUACCAUUGUAGUGUUGGAGAUGGAGAAAAGGUGAGUCAGGUGAUUUUUUUCCCCCCCUGAUACACACAGUGCAGAACAAGAUGAUGGCAUUUCCACAGGGCCUUAAUGCAAGUUAAUACUACACAACAAACUAUUUAUAUUAUUCCUUCCAAAACUCUUGUCUGCAGCUGUUUCCUUUACCCCCUAACUAACUUUACCCCCUAACGGGUACUUGUCCCCCCAUGGAUUUACAAGGAACAGACUGGUGUAUGAAGGCUUUAAAUCCAGGAGAGGGAGUUAGCGAGACGGGUGCACAGUGUGGGAGUGAAAUAGGAAGUCGGAAUGCAGAAAUUGCCUUGCAGUAUUCUACAAACUCCAAUCACCAUUGGGUACAAAGUAAACACUACAAUCUCCCUUCCCUCUGCUUCUAUGCGUUACUUACGGUUGAACCUCAGCCCUCCCCUACUGAUAUACAUGCAAUGUUUGUCAUAAAAGGUUGCUCUUACGGAAUGGAUGUGCCUCCAGCAUAAUGCAAGUAGGAUUCUGGGAUCUUGAAAUUGCCAUAUUCAUGGCAUGAUGAAUGUUGUCCCCCCAACCGUACUGAAAAGACUGUACAGACUUAUUAAAAACUGACAUUACAUAUAGUAAGUGUAGAACUUAGAAUCCCAACAGGCGCUUCCAUUGAAGAAAUAAACUAGGUGUUGAAUUUUAAACGGUAGUGCACUUUUGGUGUUCGGUGUUCAAUAUUACUCAAUUUAAACUAAAGUUAACAUGUUCUGGUGCAUAUUUAUAAAUAAUGCAUUAAUUGUUCGGAUGACAGGUUAAAGAGACGUACAAAUAAUGUAAAACUUUAAAUAGGAGCUGUUCAUCAUUGAGGGAUAUCCAUUUUCAGUUUACUAGUAACCUCAGGACACACAAUAGGGUCAACACAAUCAUGUUAAAGAAUGCUUUUCAGUUGGAAGGAGAGUUGAGUGAGAAGUUCCUUAAGUUGAUGAAUAGGGAACAAGGCUACAGUAAGCAUGUCUCCCCCUGGGCCAAAUGAGAUUGCUGUGACUAACAAAUUUCAGUUAAUUACUAUAGCUCCCACCUUGGGCCGAUCAGUGUAAUUUUGAAAAUGCCGGGUAUCUAUGGCAAGACUCAUCAUUCGCCCAAGUUUCGUCAGAAUCGGACCAGUGCUGUCCGAGAUAUUGCGUGUGACUAACGGACAGACAGAGAUCCACAGUCCCCUCCGAUUUUCAGCUUGGGGAACAAUUUUUACAUUUUAAUUUAAACCAUUUUGAGUUCUGAAGUGUUUUUAUUUGUCAUUUCAAACCCUGUCCCUUUCACAACAACUGGCCUAUGCUAUUCUACCGUUUUUACUGUACUGGUACCAUGAUUUAGCAUACUGUUUUGAAAUCUUUUUAUAUAUUUAUGAAGACAUUGUGAAUGCCUGAGGUGGGGUUUUAAUGAGGUUGUGUGUAUUGCUGUCAUUUACCAUUGUGUAUUCAAUUUGCCCAUCAAUUAACUAGACAAUAAAUUUGAAGGAUUUAUAGGGACAUUUA